UGGAGCCGACCGGAUCCCCGCCUCUCACCGGACAAAAAUUCCGCUAUGGGGAGGAUCGGCAGCGGGGAACAUGGCGCAUUCACUGCGGAUUAACUCUCCACCGAAAAAAACUUUGGAAAGUGGCGCCGUAACGGGCGCGUGCCGCUGAAUCGUGAGCGGACUCGCAGCACUCAUCACCGGGGAACCGACGGCCGACUCCUGGGCUUGUUUUGGAUGGUGUCGGAGGCUUUUCCUGCCCUCCCUCAGUUCUGCUGCUGCUGCGGCUGCGGGAUCAAAGUUUGGAGCAGCAGGCGGAGGAUUUAGCGGAGAUGGAAAAGCCCAGAGCGAGGAAAGAAAAGUUCUCCCUUUUUGGCUCUCGCACCGCCAGCAGAGCCACCAACCCUUCCACCUCAUCCUCUCGCUCUUCAUCUCCCGGGAUCCCCUCGGCCCAAGUCGGGAAAAGGCUGGAUCGGAUUUCCGGCUCCAGCGGUCCAGCCGCCUUGAGCAAAGCUGAGUUCUUGGAACGUGUGCGCCGCAGUAACCAGGCCUGUCAGCAGGGGGAGUUUGCGCUGGCUGUACGUCUCUACACCGAGGCCCUCACCGCGGACCCGCAAAACUGCAUCCUGUACAGCAACCGGUCUGCGGCCUACCUCAAACUGGGACAGCAUGGCAAGGCUCUGGACGACGCAAUCAAAGCCCGUCUAAUUAACCCCAAAUGGCCCAAGGCUUACUUUCGACAAGGGGUUGCUCUGCAGUACCUGGGUCGUCAUGCCGACGCGCUGGCAGCGUUCGCGUCAGGCCUGGCACAGGACCCCAAGAGUCUCCAGCUGCUUGUCGGGAUGGUGGAGGCGGCAAUGAAAUCACCACUCAGAGACACACUUGAGCCCACCUACCAGCAGCUUCAGAGGAUGAAGCUGGACAAGAGCCCGUUCGUAGUGGUGUCCGUCAUCGGCCAGGAGCUGCUGACGCAUGGUUACCACGGCGCCUCUGUGGUGGUGCUAGAGGCGGGGCUGAAGAUCGGCACAUGCUCGCUGAAGCUGCGCGGCUCCGUCUUCUCCGCUCUCAGCUCGGCGUACUGGAACCUCGGAGAUGUGGAGAGAAGCAUGGCUCACAUGCAGCAGGACCUGGAGGUGACCAAGACUCUAGGAGACCAGUCGGGUGAAUGCCGGGCUCAUGGGAACCUCGGCUCGGCGUUGUUCUCUAAAAGCAGCUACAGAGAAGCGCUGGCCCACCACAGAAACCAGCUGGUGCUGGCCAUGAAGCUCAAGGACAGAGAAGCGGCGUCGGGCGCCCUCAGCAGCCUGGGCCAUGUGUACACCGCCAUAGGGGACUACCCCAACGCUCUUGCCAGCCACAAACAGUGUGUCCUGCUGGCCCGCCAGACCCGCUGCCAGCUGUCUGAGGCGCGCCAGCUGGGUGACAUGGGUGCCGUUUACACCGCACUGGGAGACUUCACCAACGCCGUCCAGUGUCACGAGCAACACCUCGAUAUCGCAAAGUCUUUGGAGAACCGGAGAGAGGAGGCCCGGGCGUACAGCAACCUGGGCAGCGCCUACCACUCACAGCGGGACUUUGACAAGGCCAUAUCUUACCAUACCAAGGUGCUGGAAUUGGCGCGGGAACAGUCGGACAGAACGAUUGAGAUGAGGGCGUACGCCGGUCUGGGUCAUGCUGCUCGAUGCAUGCAGGACCUGGAGAGGGCCCGUCAGUACCACCAAAGCCAGUUAGAGAUUGCUCAGGAGCUGCAAGACAGGGCGGCUCAGGGCCGGGCUUCCUCCAACCUGGCAGAGUGCCUGCUCAUCAGAUCCCAGCUCAUUUUCCACAUCUCUAAUGCUCACGCUGCGGCCCGUCCACUCGGGGGGAUCCCGCCGUCCUCCAGAGUCUCUGCUCAUCAGACACGCUGCGCUGUCGUCACAGGGGAAGCUCUUCGUCGGAUUGUGAUUACCCCGCCGUUUGCGGUGUUACCGAGGCGGUGUGUAACCAUAACCGAGUCUUUCUGCCAACUCUGCAGGCGUCGGUGUAAUCCUCUUAGCUCAAGACCCCAACGAGCGAGGUUUCAUAAUCAGCCACAUCCUCAACUCCCAUCAGCCCCUUUUCCAAUAUAUACUGAGGCUAGCAGAAGCAUCAAUACCCCGGGCAUCAUACAUCACAUGAAGGGGGAGUAUGAAACAGCGCUGAAGCUCCACAAAGCCCACCUGUUGUUGGCGCAGGAGCUGGGUGACUAUGCGGCGCAGGGCAGGGCCUACGGGAACAUGGGUAACGCACAUCAUGCGCUGGGCGUCUACGACCAGGCGGUGCGGUACCACAGGCAGGAGCUGCAGAUCUCUCUGGAGGUGAACGAUCGCCAGUCGCAGGCCUCCACUCACGGUAACCUGGCAGUGGCUUAUCAGGCGCUGGGAGCUCAUGACCGUGCUCUCCAGCAUUACCGUCACCACCUGACCAUCGCACGGGAACUCAGAGACACUCAGACGGAAGCGAGAGCCCUAGCAAACCUGGGGAACUUCCACAGCUGGAGGGGAGAGUACGCUCAGGCUCUGCCCUACUUCCAGCAGUACCUGGCUCUGUCCCCGGGGCUGCAGGACCUGGAGGGUGAAGGGAAAGUCUGCCACAAUCUGGCCUAUGCUCACUACUGCCUGGGACAGUACAAAGAUUCUGUCAGGUAUUAUGAGCAGGACCUGGCCCUGGCUAAAGACCUGCAGGACAAAUUAGCACAAGCUAAAGCCUACUGUAACCUGGGUUUGGCCCACAAAGCUCUCGGAGAGUACAGACGAGCAGAGGAGUGUCAGAGAUACCUGCUCUCUCUGGCUCAGGCUCUGGAUAACACACAGGCGGUUUUCAGGGCCUACGGGAACCUCGGGGACGUGUUUGUGUGUCGGGGGGAUCCACCCGGAGCGCUCAAGUUCUACCAGCAGCAGCUGGCUGUGGCUCAGAAAGCUGCCGACCAGAAGAUGGAAGCCGACGCGUAUGCUGCACUGGGAUCAGUUCACAGGCUGCUCCGCCAGCUGGACGCUGCCCUGUCCUUCCACAGCCGGGAGCUGACUCUCCGUAAGGAUCUGGCCGACCCCCAGGGGGAGUGCCGGGCGCUUGGCCGCCUGGCGGCGGUCCACAUGGCGCUGGGCGACUACACCACGACCUUCCAGUGCUAUGAGGCCCAGCUGGGGCUAGCGCAGGGCCUCCGGGACGCCCGACUGGAGGCGCAGGUCCACGGGAACAUGGGCAUCACCAAGAUGAACAUGGCGGUGUUCGAAGAAGCCAUCGGAUACUUCGAGCAGCAGCUGGCCAUGCUGCAGCAGCUGAGCGGCAGCGAGGGCAUGCUGGACAGAGGCAGGGCCUAUGGGAGCCUGGCCGACUGCUACGAUGCCCUGGGAGACUACGAGGAGGCCAUCCAGUACUACGAGAAGUACCUGACGGUGGCUCAGAGUCUCAACCACGUCCAGGACCAAGAGAAGGCCUACAGAGGCCUGGGAAACGCACACAGGUCCUUGGGCAGUCUCCAGCAGGCACUGGUGUGCUUCGAGAAGCGGUUGGUGGUGGCCCACGAGCUGGGCGGCGAGGGUGGGGGGAAGGCGCAGGCUUACGGGGAGCUGGGCACCCUGCACAGCCAGCUGGGGAACUACGAGCAGGCCCUGUCCUGUCUGGAGCACCAGCUCAGCAUCGCUCGCUCAGCAGGGGAUAAAUCCCUGGAGGCCGAGGCGAGCGGCGCUCUGGGAGGCGUUUAUCAGCUGAUGGCAGACAACGAAACUGCUCUGCAGUGGCACCAGAGGGCGCUGAGCAUCGCCGAGCAGACGGGCUGCGUGAGGAGCCAGGGCCGCGCCUACGGCAACCUGGGCCUGACCUACGAGGCUCUGGGGAACUACGAGCGAGCCGUGGUGUUUCAGGAGCAGCACCUCAGCGUGGCGGCGCAGACCAACGACCUGACGGCCAAAACUAUGGCCUACGGAAGCCUGGGGAGGACACACCACGCCCUGCAGAACUACACUCAGGCUGUGAUGUACCUGCAGGAAGGUCUGCGGCUGGCUGAGCAACUGAGCCGGAGAGAGGACGAAGCCAAGAUCCGCCAUCGCCUCGGGCUUUCACUGAGGGCCGGCGGCAACCUGGAGGAGGCACAGCACCAGCUGUACAGAGCUUCUGCGUUGUUCGAGACAAUCCGCCAUGAGACGCAACACAACCUGGAUUACAAGCUGUCCUUGUUUGAUCUGCAAACCAGCUCGUAUCAGGCUCUCCAGAGAGUCCUCGUCAGCCUAGGGCGGCACGACGAGGCUCUGGCCAUAGCCGAGCGGGGGCGCACUCGAGCGUUUGCCGAUCUGCUGGUGGAACGCCAGAGAGGAAGUAGGCAAGCGGCCGGCGCCGACCCUUACAUCCCGGUCACCGUGGAGCACAUCCUGGAGACGGUCAACGGUCAGAAGGGGCUGAUCCUCUACUAUUCGCUGGCUGGAGGCUUUCUCUACAGCUGGCUCAUAUCUCCAGGCACAGGCAUCGUGAAGUUCAAUGAGGCGUACCUGGGAGAGGCGGGGCCCGAGGCCUCUGAGUUCCAGGAUGGCAGUGGGAGCCCACACGGUGGAGGCCCCGUGUCUCUGGAUCAGUACAUCUGCAACGCCAGAGAGGCUCUGGGAGUGGACAGCCAUCACAGCAGAGUGUGCUCUGGCAGUGAGACGGAGAGUGAAGCUGGAGAUCUGCUGGAGCAACAGUUUGAGGAGCUGAACAACAAUCUGGCCUCCGCCACCGAUCCAACCGGCUACCUCCGCAUGGUGUCCAGAAAUAACCGCUUCAACAGGAGCUGUCGGAGCAUGACGAGCCUUUACAGCUCCACCGUGUCUCCAGUGAAGGACGGCUUAUCUCCAGUUUGCCGACCGUCUAACGUUGGCAAACCUCCUCUACGAGCCCUCUACGACCUACUCAUCGCUCCCAUGGAAGGGGGUCUGAUGCACAGCAGUGGAUCUGUUGGCAGGAACAGGCAGCUUGUGGUAGUUCUGGAGGGAGAACUGUACCUGAUCCCCUUUGCCUUGCUGAAAGGCAGCUCCUCCAAUGAGUACCUGUAUGAAAGGUUUAACAUCAUUUCUGUACCGUCUCUGGCCAGCCUGCAGGCUACAAGUAAGCCUAACUCUCGCCCCAGCGGUCCCCUGCUGUGUCCGGACGGAGGGUCGGUGGCCGCCGUGGUCGGGGCCCCUCAGCUGCCUCCCAGCGUCAUGGACCGCUGGCUGUGGGGGCCCUUACCCUCGGCCCAGGACGAGGCUCUGUCUUUGGGUGAACAGCUGGGCUGUCACCCCCUUACCGGGGCAAACGCCACCAAGGAGCGCGUCUUAGCGGCGCUGAGUCAGGCCGAGUGCGUUCACUUUGCGACCCACACGUCCUGGAAGCUCGCCGCCAUCGUCCUGUCCCCCAACCAUGAGCGAAGCGCCGGAGACGGGCCGCAGGAGAACGCUCUGCGCGGGACAGCGGCGUUAGCGGACGGCGCGGACCACGAGGGGAAGGUCGAGCGUUUGUUUCCCAGGAGUCACAGCAGCCCAGAGAGACUCCGAGGAGCGGAAGAAAGAAGCGAGGACGGGGAGAGUGUUUGCGGAGUGGAGAGUCUGUGCGACAGCACGCCGCUCCACGACUUCCUCCUCACUGCCGCCGACAUCCUGGACCUGUGCCUCUCGGUCAAGCUGGUGGUUCUGAGGUCAUACCCGGAGUCUAGCUGUAGAGUGACGGCUGACGGAGUGGUGGGUCUGACCCGGGCCUUCUUGGCUGCGGGCGUUCAGUGUGUGUGCGUGUCUCUGUGGCCGGUGCAGGUCGCUGCUUCCAAGCUCUUCAUGCACACGUUCUACACGGCGCUGCUAAACGGCAGCAAAGCCAGCGUGGCUCUGACGGAGGCCAUGAGGAACCUGCAGAGCAGCAAGCACUUCUCACACCCCUCCAACUGGGCUGGUUACCUGCUGAUAGGCAGCGAUGUGAAGCUGAACAGCCCCAUGUCGCUGGUGGGUCAGGCCCUGGCAGAGAUCCUGCAGUACCCAGAGAAAGCCCGGGACGCCCUCAGGGUGCUGCUGCACCUGGUAGAAAAGUCACUGCAGCGCAUUCAGAGCGGUCACUGCAACCCCAUGUACACGUCGCAGCAGAGCGUGGAGAACAAGGUCGGCGGCGUUCCUGGGUGGCAGGCCCUCCUGUCCGCUGUGGGCUUCCAGCUGGAGGUCUCCGGCUGCGGUGGCGGACUCCCUGCGGCCGUGUUCUUCCCGACCUCUGACCCCGGAGACCGUCUGCAGCAGUGCAGCACCACGCUGCAGGCUCUGCUCGGUCUGACUCCUCCGGCUCUGCAGGCUCUAUGUAAGCUGGUCACAACAUCUGAAGCAGGAGAGCAGCUCAUUCACAAGGCCGUGAAAAGCAUGGUGGUGACGCUUCAUCAGGUCCUGGUGCAGCUGCAGUCCGGCGACAAAGAGCAAGACUUCCCCCUGGCUCCCAUCCAGGUGUCGAUUAGCGUUCAGCUCUGGAGGCUGCCGGGCUGCCAUGAGUUCCUGGCUGCUCUGGGUUUUGAUCUGUGCGAGGUCGGUCAGGAGGAAGUCGUGUUAAAGACGGGAAAACAGGCCAGCAGACGUAACAUGCAUUUCGCCCUUCAGGCCCUUCUUGCCCUGUUUGACUCCACGGAGCUUCCCAAGCGACUGAGCAUGGACAGUUCGUCGUCUUUAGAGUCUCUGUCAUCCUCCCAGUCGGCCUCCCAGCCUCAGUCUUUGCCCCUCUCUCUCAGCUGUUACCCUCCCCAGCCCUCCUUCUUACCCCCCGGCUGCUCCGACAACCUCUCCUGCGACGCCAUCUCCGUCUACAGCCUCAGCUCCCUCGCCUCCUCCCUCAGCUUCCUGUCUCGGCCCGAGCCAGCGGGAAGUGACAUCAUCAGCCAUCGCUCGCAUCAACAGGAGCCAGAGAAGCAGGGUGGAGGAACGGGUCUGUACUACUCCUCGCAACGCCUGGCAAGAGGCCGGCUGGCCAAUCACGGAGGAGCGUCGGCAGGAGGAGAGGACGAGGAGUACGAGGGCUUCUCCAUUAUAAGCAGCGAGCCGUUGGGGCGGGCGGGGAGGGAGUGCGACACACUCCCGCUCCCUGCGGGACACCGGCAGGGCAGAGGUGGUUCAGGCAGAGGGUCUGCGGUGGGCCAGACUCUGAUAGUUUCCUCCAAGGGGAGCAUCAGCACACCUACGUCCCCGCUCAAAGCUCCACCGCUGGCGCUGCUGGACCAUCCAAGCUGCCAGGUCACCCAACAAAUCUCAUUGCCCACACGGACAGUUAAAGGAAAGGUUAGCAGCUCCGAGUCGGACCAAUCGAGCACCGAAACGGACAGCACUGUCAAAUCCCAAGAAGAGAGGAUGGGCCCCGCCGGACAACUGGAUCCCCACGAAUUGGCCCAGAAGAUCCUGGAGGAGACCCACAGCCACAUGCAAGCUGUGGAGACGCUGCAGAAAGCAAACACCAGAGUGACAUCUCUGAGAGGAGCCGGGGGCCGACAAGACCCUCACACCAGGCAACCGUCUCUGUCUACCCCCACGACCCCGACCUUUAAACCCACCAGAGGGGCGCGUGGGUUCCAGCCGUCCGAGACCAGUGCGUUCAGCAGACCUCCCAGCAGGGCUAGUCUGAAGGCCGGCUCGUCCCCUUUUACCGUCCAUAAGCACCUUUCACCCCAUGCCUCUGAUUCGAGGCCUCCUCCAACUCCUCCCAAACCACCGUCCCGCUCGUCAUCGCUGCAGAAAAUCAACACGUCCGCCUCUUCUUCUCCUUCUUCAUCUCUCCUAGCUAAGGAGAAGAAGUCCCCCGUCGUCUCACAACACAAACCCAAAUACUCCGGUUCACCUUACAGCUGCCACAUAUCGCCGUCUCGCUCUCCUGCUGAUAGCGCCUCAUCUCCAGCCCUCUCCUACUCCUCCAGAGGCUCCGUCUCGGCAGCGUCCAGCCCGACUGACCCUUCGGAGCUCAGCCAGUCAAAGCAGGACAAGGUCCAGGCGAUGCACAACCUGAAGACCUUCUGGGCCGGCGUCGGCCAGAAACAGGAGGUGCCCGGCCGUUUGGCGUCGCUCCGAGGCGGCGACAAAAAAAUGAGUACAGUUCAGAAAGACGUUUUGGGUUUGCUGAACCUCUCACCCAGACACGGGUCUGGUAGGAAACACGCGGACAGACAGGAAGACCACGACAGACCCAAUGGGCACCGCAAGCUGGAGCCCAAACCUCCACUUGCUCCAUCAGCCGAUCUUCCAACAAACCACAAAGGAGGCUUCAAACUUCCCUCUGGGAACGGAUACAAGUUUCUCUCACCUGGACAGUUUUGUCCAUCUUCUAAAUGUUAAAAGUUUGGAUAUUUACCCCAAUGAAUUCUCAGGCAGCAGACUCAUCUGAGGGUUCACUUUCUACGUAGACUGACAGAAACUGCCUUUUUUUUUCAAUAAAGUACAGAUUUACUACUAGUCCCUGCUGAAGGUGGGACCUAAAAUGGACCAAUUUCACACAUGUCUCUUUGAUUUUACGUGUGUCUGUGUGUGUGGGGUGGAUGUGUGUUUGUAGAAUGUACAGUGCCUAGCAAAUUAAGACUUUUGUGAAUAUUUUCACAUUUUGUCAUGUUAGGACUACAAACUGAAUUUUAUUUGGAUUUUAUGUAAAAGACAAACUAAUGCAUAAUUGUUACAGGGAAGAAAAUUUAUAAUUUUCAAAACUUUUCUCCAAUAAAAGACUGAAAAGGGUGACACAUUUCAGCCCCCUGAGUCAACUCUGUAGUCUUUUGGUGGUACUUUUAAAAAAAGAAAUUUUUUGCACAUCUAAACUAUCCAACUGGGAUUUUCACAUUCUUAAUUUUAAUUUGGGUCUGGACUUCGACUAGGACAUUCUAACAUAUUAAUAGGCUUUGAUCUUAACCAUUUGACUGCAGCUUCAGUUGUAUUUUUUGAGUUGUCCUGCUGGGAGGUAAACCUCUUCUAGUCUCAAGGUUUUUCAGCCUCUUAACAGGUUUUAAGUCAGGAUUUCUAUCCCUUUUCCCACCAACAUUAACUCAUUUCUCUAACCACGCUGCAGAAGAAAAAAAUCCCCAUACCAUGAUGCAGUCACCACCGUGCUGUAGACAUAUUCAUCCUGCAUCUAUACAGUGGGGGGUUGGGGGGGGUAUAGAUACAUCAUCUAUACCCUGUAUAGAUGAUGAAUGUAUACAGGGACUGGUUAAGACACUGGACAAUGUAAAGUCACCAUCGCCACUGUCGCGACCUUCUAUUUUCCAAAAAACAAAACUCCAACAAAGGCCAUGCGUUCAAAUCAAACCACCUAAACAGGUGGUUUGAUUUGAACGCACUUCCGACUUGAUUUCUUUUGAAAAAAUAUGUUUUUUAUUUCUUAUAUAAAAAAAAAACGACAAAAUAAUUUUAAAAAAAUGUCUUACAACUUAACCAAAAUCUAAAGUAAACUUAAUUUGACGUUUCAAGUACGAAAAAGUGGUCAAAAAAUAAUUUACAAGAAACCUCCCGUCCACACACCAAACAUUUGCCAAACAAUGCCUCCACCAAGCACCCGGUGGGUUUUUAAUUACUUAAAUUAAUGGGAGGGUCUAACCAAUUACCAACAUAAUCUAAUCAAUUCAAAUAUACAAAUUAAUUACAGAUUUUGGAUCUAAAUUCUAACUUCCCAAAAUA